CGCCGCCACUUUUUCAAAAUAAAGGCGCCGCGAAGAAGGCGGCCAUCUUGCGCUUUCAAAACAUUCGUCUUCAUUACUUCCUGACACGAAUUAACGGAGUAAUUCCAAAAUAUUAAUCGAGCAAACGGAGCGGCCAGCAGGAAGCGUCAUCAAGCAAAAACACCGAAGAAGACAACCCGGACGUGUUCCGAGGGAAUGAGAAGCCCGAGAGCGAAAUUAGCUUUAAGGCUAACACAUGACAUGGCGCUUAGAAGCUGAACAGUGCUGUGCGAUCGGCUGCGCGGCGGCGGCGGCGGCAAUGUCGUUGAUUGAGGGCGUGGGCGACGAGGUGACGCUCGCGCUGGCGGCGCUGACGGCGGCGGCCGUGCUGCUGCUGGCCUGGACCUCCACCCGUACCUCGGACCCCCCGCACGCCCUCGACGCCCCCGCGGGCCCCGCCCCUUCCCAGACCGCCGCGUCCGCGGACGCGGCGGCGGCCGCCGCUUCCGCCCCGCCCCUCGCGGACGACAAGGACGGGGACGCGGGGAGCGACGAUUCGGCGGGGGGCGGCGACUCUCGGCGGAACAUGGUGGUCAGACUCAAGUUCCUCAAUGACACGGAGAGGAUGGCGCACGUCGGACCUCAGGACACCGUCGGAUACAUCAAGAGGACGUACUUCGCGGGGCAGGAGCGGCGCGUGCGCCUCAUCUACCGGGGCCAGCUGCUGCAGGACGACGACGCCACGCUGGAGGCGCUCCGCCUGGCGCACGACUGCGUGCUGCACUGCCACAUCUCGCAGCGGGCGGCGGCCGCGGGCGGUCCGGCGGCGGCCGAGCGGGUCCGGGUGGCGCUGAACGUGGGCGGCCUGAUGGUGCCGCUGCUGGUGCUGAUGCUGGCCGUGCUGUGGUACUGCCAGAUCCAGUACCGCCACCUGUUCACGGCGCCCGCCUCCGCCUCGCUGCUCGGCGUCACCGUCUUCCUCAGCCUGCUGACCUUCGGCGUCUACCGCCGCUAGACGCGUUCUCGGCGGCGGUCUUCAUCUUCUUUGUGCCUCUUUGACUUCGGUGUCUGCCACGAGAUGGCCGCCCGUCUGGAUGUUGACGAAAGAAAUUCUAUUAAAUCAUUUAUUGAAAAUCUA